UAACAACACUGCCUGGUUGGAGGGCUGCUGGUGUCAUCUGGAGCUUGGGCCACUGACCCCUAAACCCCAGGUUCAUUCUAAUGUGAAUCCACUGCUGAAUGUUACUGAAGAGCAGUGUAAGAGUAAAUGUGGUAGAUGGGAGGCAAGUUUUUGCUGUAGUCACAUACACACGCGCUGAAACCCUGAAGACAGCUUGGGAAGGAUGGACGACCUCAAUGAGCUGGAGGCCUGUACUGAGUGUGGAGAAAGGAAAUAUGGUGACAUCAUUUUUCAUAAACUCUACUGCUAUGACCUCUACAUCCCUUCAGCAGCUCCACCACAAAAUAAGAAGCAAAUUGAUGUAGACAAUUUCAUUGAUGAAAAGAUUGUGACAGUUCUGGAGAAGAAUGGCUUUCUCUGCUACCAUGGUUACAGGAAUUUCACUGGAGGAGAAAUGAUCAUACAGGCCAUAAGCAAACCCAUGAAGAUUAUCCCAGUAACUCUUAUACCAAUCUAUAAAGACCAUGAUUUCUUAAAACUUCAAGAUAUGCUUAUAACACCAGCAAUGUUGAAGAGAAUUGUGCUGCUUUUGUUUGAUGCUACUCAGACUGAACCUGUUCUCUUGCAAUGUUGUUACUCAAUAGACAUAAAUGACCCCCAGCUUUUACCCAAAAUAAUAAAAACCAUUGAACAUCAUAGGACACAAAUCCCAGUGAGCAGAAGAAAAGAGAGAGCUCUGGGGGAAGGGGACACAGAGUCUACUUCAUCCUCGUCCCUUUUUAUAGGCAGAGAAUCCCCUUUUGAAAGGUCAGCUAGAUCAAGGAUAUCCUUCAGGCCAUCAGGGAAAUGCCAGGGCACCAGUUACCAGAAGAGUUACUUAUCCUGGCCACAGAGAUACAAGGCGCACUCACACAGAGAAAUCAAAGACAUCUUGAAAGAUGUGACCUGUUUGCCAUUUCGUGAUCAAGUGGGUUGUUUGCUAAACUACUGUGAAGAUGCUAGAGAAGGGGUCAGAGCACAUGUCUGCCAAGCACUGAUCAGGACCAUGAGGAAAAACAUUUUGACUUUCUCUGGGAUGGCAGACUUGGAGGACUUUGAGCAGACAGUAGGAAUGCUUCUCCAAAACAACAGACUCGGCUCUCACCUGGAGCCUUGCCUUCAGCUGGAGAAGCUCUACUGUUGGACCCUGGCUCUGAUUUUCAUUAACGUCUCCAUGGUGUACAAUGUGAGGCUGAGGGCUAAGCUGCGGGCUCUGACUUUUACAAAACAAAACAUCCCCUCAAAGGAGAGAAAUUAUGAGCAUCUCUGCCGUAAUGCCUACAAGAAAAUCAAUACUGCAAUCUGCACUGCGGCUAAGAAACCCAAAGCCUGGCCAAAUUUCAUGGCGAUGUAUGUGAAGCACCUGAAACACUUCCUGCGGAUACUGGAGCAGAGAGUGUCUUUCACAAAUGAGAGAGUUCUGCAGUUCAAUUGCAUCCAGAAACAGCUGCAGAGGAUCCCCUGGGUAGUAAGACACAUUUUCAUCCUGGUUAUCACUGAGAAGGUUUUUGAAGAAAAGCUUCUUGAGAUUGGCCAUUUGUUCCUCUUUAAUGUCUGCACAAAGAUGGGGAAAAAGCACUGGGAGAUUUCCCUGGAAAUAGUUGAACGUGUUACUGAACAUAUCCAAGAGAGCCAUACUCCAGGAUCAGUAACGGAAUGUCUGAAAUGUCUCAUAAGCCUGUGGGAAUGGUGUGUGAGUGCUGACACCAAAGGAAAGAAAUGUUGGAUGAUGACAAUCCUAAAUCAUUGCUUCCAAAAACUGAUUUAUCAUCCAUUAAGUGAGGUUAGAAAUUGCAUUGCACCUCUGCUUUUCAGUGAAGGUGGUACCUAUGUCAACAUUACAGAGCUGGGAAACAACCUGAUCCCAGCCAGUCCCAAACUCAUGGAACCAGCUGUCCAAGAAUAUCUGAAGGUUAUCUUCCCAGAUCUAAUCAUCAGGGGACAACUGCAAGCCCAUUCCAGUUGCAUGAUAGCCCAAGGAACUGUAUCUACUGGAAAUGUACUGAUCUGCAUGGCUAAACAGCAGACUCUGAAUGACAUCCUGCAGACUAACUCUACUGAGAGUGGCAAUGAAAGAUUUCAAGAGGUGAUCAGAAUAGUGAAGCUGUGUCAAGUCAGCAAUUCCAUUGCCAGCCUGAAAAAGUUCAGUUCCUGCAGUGUGCCUCCAUUUUAUAUGUUGGAAGACGGGAAACCUCUUUUGACUUUCCUGCAGGAGGAGAGGAAUGGGCUCACACUGUCCAGUAUGGUAGGAAUAUUGAAAGACAUUGCCACAGCUGUCUGGUCUUGCCACCAGAGAAGGGUCCUACUUUGUGACAUAACUCCAGCCAGUUUCGUUGUGUUCACGGAAAAGGGAGGUGAAGGUGGAUCUCUUCAAAUCCAGACAAAGCUGUCAAAUUUCUUCAGUGUGAAGAUGACUCCUGAGGAAGAAGACGGAGAUUACAGAGAUGAUUGUCCAUAUGAAACCUUUAAGCCCUGGCAGCUCACAGGAGAUAGCGAAGAACCUCUGUCUGUGUAUUUCAGUGCUCCUGAGUCCUUGACACGUCACGUCUUCUCCACCUUCUCUGAUACAUGGAUGGUAGCUGCUACGUUUUAUUCAGUUCUCCUUUAUGGGGCACAAACCUACUUUGAGCUCAGCCACCUGCCUGUUUCCAAAUUCAUAGAUGAGAUCUGCAAAGGACACCAAGCUCAAAGACCAGAUUCCAUACCACUGAAGCUAUGGGAAGUAAUAGCAGCUAACUUGCUUCAUCUUGACAUAGAGCGCAUGUCCAUGGACGUAUUGUUAGAGCAUCUGGAAAACUACAAGAGCUCCUUGGGGCCAGAUCUGAAUAGGCUGCAUGAGGUAAAGAGUGGAUUCUCUCCCAUCUGUGCUGAGGAUAUUAAAAGGGGCUGCUUUGAUAGCAAAGGAAGCUUCAAAGAGUGGGAUGCACCAAAUAGAUUUCUGAGCACAUGUCAAGAUAUUACUGAACAGAAGGAGGGCUGCCUUCAUGAGCUGGUAUCAUUCAAAAUGAACCAUAUGACCAGGAUGACCGUAUGCAUGUUAGAUCACAGGAACUUGCUGUCUGUAAAGGAAAUCUUGAACUGCUUCCCUGCAACCAAGCUGAUCUCCAGGUCUCUUGGUGACUAUACUGAGUCCUUAGACCAGGUGGCUUGUAACAUGGAUCAUGGCAAACUUCUCUCCUGCCUGGAGCAGGUUGCUUCUGCUAUGAUGUACCUUCAUUCCAGCAAGAUCAUACACUGUGAUCUGCGAUGCAGUUAUAUUUAUGUUAAUUGUGGUCCCAGUUUCUCUGAGGUGGUGGCAAAAGUUGGUCGUUUGGGAAGAGCAGUCUGUCUGCCAGAUACAGGGUCUGAAGGCAACCUCUUUGUCCCCUACGUGCGCAAAGUCAUGCCCGUUGACGCUGCAAAAUGGUCUGCCCCAGAAGUGAGAAAUGGUGGACUGUAUUCCCGGGCAUCUGAUGUUUUCACCUUUGGACUUGUGGUCUGGGAAGCAUUAACAACACGUUUUACCAAUUUGCAUAUGUACAAGCUGUUGAAGCCUUUCCACUUACUAAACAGCAAGGAGGUUUUGAAAUUUACAGAGGAAAUUCUGAAAUUUACGGACGAAGAAAAUAUCAGCGAUAAGGAAUUGGAAAAGGUUAUUCCAUUAAUUCUGUGUAUGAAAGCCUGCUGGAAUUCUAACCCAACCAGAAGACACCCCUUCUCCUCCAUUUUAGAGCUGGUAAUGGAAGCAAAAGAUGCCUACAGGGUGUCCGAUGACUUAUACUACAACACCACAUCUGUGCCUUCGGUUGCAAAUGAGGACAUAUACGACUCAGUUUACUUCAGGAGUGAAACACCAAAGGAGGAUGUAUACAGCUGUAUCUCCGACCCUGACCCUGCUGAUGGUCAUGCCAAUGACAACUUUUCAGUCUAUGAUGAUGUGGCUGGACCUGAACCCUUAGAAGGGAGCUCACUUUAUUUCUCUAAGAAAGAGAAGUGGGGAGAAGUUGUUAGUGAAUUUGAGACGGGAAAAGGAAUAGAGAGGAGUCCAGUCUCUUUUUAUAACCCCAAACAAGCCGGUAUGUAUGCUGAUACUGGCAUUAAUUGGAAGAAGAAAUUGAAAAGUGGGAAAAGCAGGAUGUUAUAAUUCUGUGCCAGGUGGGUGACUUGUGGUUGCAAAAAUGAUAGUGAUGGAAAGGCUGAACAGAACACCAGUCUCUCCAUAAUGUUGCUUAAUAUACUAGUCCAGGGUUCAGCAACCACUGUCAUGCAUGCCAGAGCAUGGCACAUGAGGCCAUUUUGCUCUGCAUGCCACAGCUGGUCUGGGCUUGGGGCAGCUGCUGCCAGCCACUGACCCGGGGCUGCUCACAGAAGGUGGCAAGGAGGCUGCAAGCCCUGCUGUGAACAGCCUGGGCUCCAUGGCAAGGAGCAGUUGCCCAGAGCCCAAGCCAGGUGUGGGAGGCAGCCAUGAACCUUUAAGGAGUUGCACUGGGGUCCUGAGUCCCAGCCUGGCUUGUUGCCAUGUGCGCCUUGGGGACCACUGUGGGGAAGGGGCC